UUAUAGGGGGGGCACCAAGCCAAACAGGUUGGGAACCACUGAUCUACAUCAUCUACAGUAUCUACAUCAUCUACAUCAUCUACAGCAUAUACAUCAUCUACAGCAUCUACAGCACCUACAUCAUCUACAGCAGUUUUCAUCCGUCUGCAAAUAUGACGAUCAGAACCGCCCGUCCGGACCGGGUUCAACACUUCCGACCCCGGAUGCACUGCCUCAAAAAGCUGGAAGCCAUGGUGGUGGAGAUGCAGGACCAGAAAAGUGGAGUUAAAGGCUCAGAGCAGAAACUCAACGUCACUACAAUCCCACAUGUCCUCACUGGGAAGGACAUCAUUGCAUGGAUUGCCAACAAGAUGAAGACCACUCCAGAAGAGGCUCAGACCUUCAGCACCAUGUUGGUGGCUUACGGCUACAUCUACCCUCUGCAGAACCACAAGAAGCUGGUCAUGUGCAAUGACUCCAGCCUCUACCGCUUCCAGACUCCGUACUUCUGGCCAACACAGAAAUGGUUUGCAGAGGACUCUGAUUAUGCCAUUUACCUGGCAAAGAGGAACAUCCGCAAGAAGGGCAUGCUGGAACCCUAUGAACAGGCCCAUUACAACCACCUCCAUGAAUGGCUCAACCACAAGUGGGACUUUAUUGUGAUGCAGGCGACUGAACAGUACAAGGCUGGUAAGGAGAGGAAGAAGCCUGAUCGUGUGGUGUUCGACUGCCAGGAAAGAGCUUAUUGGAUUGUUAACAAACCUCCGCGUCGGACUCACAGCGCUAUCGACUGUGGUCCAGAGAGACUUAUUGAUCCCAACACCGAUGAGAAAAUCACCUUUGACCAGUACAGACGCCAGAACAUGUUCUAUCAACAAGCCAUCAUGAGGUCCAAAGUGAAAUCCAGCGUUUCCCUCGGAGCGUUGGUUAAAUAUGUAACUACGUACAAAAACCAUGACCCGUUCCUGGCUCCAUGCCUCCCCAGCAACCCCUGGCAGACCGACCACGAUGCGUACUGGACUCUGAACAUGAGAAGGGUUGAUCUUCCCACUAAGAUGCGAGUCGAGCGCUGGUCCUUCAGUUUGUUCGAGCUUCUGAGUGACCUGCGAGGCCGAGACGAUUUCAAGAUUUUCCUGAAGAAGGAGUUCAGCGGUGAGAACUUGGCCUUCUGGGAAGCAGCUGAAGAACUGAAGUGGGGAACUGCAGCGUCCAUGACAGCAAAAGCCGAGACGAUCUUCAAGACCUUCCUAGCCCCCGGAGCUCCUCGCUGGAUCAACAUCGAUGGAAGGACUAUGGGUCUGACAGUUAAAGGUCUGGACCAUCCUCACCGCUAUGUUCUUGAAGCAGCUCAGACCCACGUCUUCCUACUCAUGAAGAAGGACACAUUCUUCCGUUACCUCAAGUCACCGGUGUACAAAGACAUCCAGAAGAAGGCUCUGAAUCCUGAGGCUCAUAACUUCAGUCCAGCCCAGCUGGAGCAAAACGCCAACAGCCGGAGUCCAGGCAUACAUCCCAUAAUACUCUGGCAGCAGGAGGAGGAGGAAAAGGCCAAAGCUGCUGCUGCCUCGGCUCCGGUGGACGUCAAGGCCAUGAUGAGCAAAAUAGACAGGAAGAAGUAACAAGCUUUACCAGGAAGCAGAGAGUCCAUCAGACGAGUCCAGAGAAAACAGAAAAGAAAUAAACUCAAAAGAGAGAAUAAGAAAAAAAACACUAAACAACUAUGCAGGAGUUUCCAGGACCUGUCAACUAAUCUGUAGAGUUUUCACGACAUUCACCUCAUAUUUGAUUAAAGAUUCUUCAGAAAGACAUUCUAAAUAUCAGAGAACUAGAAAGAGACAUGCCGUGAAUCUGUUCUGUACAACUCAAUGAAAUUUAGCUGAUCAUUACAUAUGACACUCUUAUUAUUAUUGUAUUUAAUAUUAUUAUUGCUGCUGUUAUUAAAGCAUUAGCUUUUUUGCAAAGCCAACAUUUUUUUACUAGAUGCAGAUUGAACAGUUAGUUGAGUUUUUUUAUGUAUGUUUCACCAUAAAUCUAACAAAAGAAGACACUGAAACACUCAUCUCAUGACUGUAUGUUAGAAAUACUGCAGCUGUUCUUGAUGUCUGCAGAGAAAAAUAUGACUUUAUAUUUACUAAAUGAUGUUCUACUGGUUCAAGAUGUACCACAGUUAUUACAGGGAAAUGUUCUUUAUGAAGUAUUUGUACAGUCUGUAAGCAACUUUACUAACAGAUUGUGUUUGUUAGGAUCCGUUCUGGUGACUUCUUCUGUAUAUUAUAAAUUAUAAAUAAAUUAUAAAUGACUGAAGACGA